UCCUAUUUCAUGUGUUUUGUGUUUUGUUUCAUGGAUGAAAAGUUUUGAUCUUUAGGGAGACCGGAUGAUUAGAGGAAUCAUCGCAAGUCCGGUCAUGAUCUAGAGCACAUAGGAGCGACUUUGCAUCUCGUUCGCGGGGAAAAUGCAAAUGCUCAUGAGCUCGAGAGCGGCAUCUAUGGAAAGCCCCACGAAGUAUGGUUUUGUUGAUGAUCAUCUGCCUUUGCAUAAGCCACAUUUUCUUGAACAGAGACUAGCAAAUGAUGACUGAUAUUCAUAUUUCAGUGUAGCUUUUUGGUUUAUAGAGGGAAAAAAAUUUAGUCUUUUUUAUGUUUUAUAUGUUAAUGAGCAUACCCCACCAUUGCCUCCACCAAGUUGGCUCUCUCCCUCCAUAAAUACCCCCUCCUUGGGCGUGUGCCCUCCACACUUCUCUUCUCAAACUACCACAAUCACCCCAAAUCAUACAAAAGCAACUUUGCAAUUGCAUCCCUCAUGGCCUCCAACCAUCCCUCUUCCCCUCACAAUGAUGUUAAGCUCCCUCUCCCCAACCCUUGCGACGCCAUCCCGGCAUCGCAGCUCGAGGGCCAGAAGGAGGAGUUCAACUACUCGAAGCGAUCGCAGUGGCUGCGGGCCGCUGUCCUCGGGGCGAACGACGGGCUCGUGUCGACCGCAUCGCUCAUGAUGGGGGUCGGUGCGGUGAAGCAGGACAUGAAGGCCAUGAUCCUGACCGGCUUUGCGGGCCUGGUGGCCGGGGCGUGUAGCAUGGCCAUAGGGGAGUUUGUGUCCGUGUACUCCCAACUGGACAUAGAGUUGGCCCAAAUAAAGAGGGACAAGGAGAGGUCCACCAACGGACAAAUGGACAGAGGAGAAGAAGAGAACGGUGACAAUGGAGAGGAAGGGGGCUUGCCCAAUCCGUUGCAGGCUGCCUCAGCCUCAGCUCUUUCCUUCUCUGUCGGGGCCAUGGUGCCGCUACUGGCAGCCUCCUUCAUAAGGAGCUACAGGGCGAGGCUCGGGGCUGUGAUCGCAGCAGUCACCAUCGCUCUCAUGGCGUUCGGGUGGCUAGGGGCGGUCCUGGGGAAGGCGCCAGUCGUGAGGUCAUCGCUUAGGGUGUUGAUCGGAGGCUGGCUGGCAAUGGCAAUUACCUAUGGGCUGACCAAGCUGAUUGGUGCGAACGCUCUCUGAGGAGGCCUUUGAUAUGUGCAUCAAAAUGUGGGAGUUUCUUUCGUCAUGUUCAAGUUAUGUCCCUGUUAAUUACUUUUGCUUUGCUUUGUCCUGUGGUGAUUAGUGGCACUUUAUGUAAUGGGACAAAGUAAAAUGCAUGGUCAAGAGUUGGUCUAUGCGCUCAUUUAGUUAGCA